AUUUAUUAAAGCACCAACAAGUGUUCAUAAAAUUUUUGACACAACCAAAAGUGUUCUACUCCUAAGUGUAAGACUAUUAUCCUAAGUGUAAGACUAUUACCCCAUCCCAAAAUGUAUACCAAAUCAGCAAUCCUCCAAUACGCUUGGCGCGGUCUCCAGCAGACCUGGACGCCGGACGCCAGAAGUUUACUGACAGUGUUCACAUGUGCUUUGCUCCUGGUGCUGAUGCUACAGUAUCUGGUCAGAGCCUACAAGGAGGUCAGGAUGCUACCUCCUGGCCCAUGGGGUUUACCAGUUAUGGGCUAUUUGGCUUUUAUUGGACACGAGAAACAUACGAGGUAUCUGGAGUUGGCCAAGAGGUAUGGAAGCUUGUUCAGCGCGCGUCUUGGGAACCAGUUGACGGUUGUGAUGAGUGAUUAUAAAAUGAUCAGGGAUGCUUUCAGGAGGGAAGAGUUUACGGGGAGACCUGAUACACCGUUUAUGCAGACCUUAGAUGGUUUUGGCAUAAUCAACAGCGAAGGUAAAUUGUGGAAGGACCAGAGAAGGUUCCUGCACGACAAGUUGCGACAGUUCGGUAUGACUUAUAUGGGCAACGGGAAGAAAUUGAUGGAACGCAGGAUUAUGACUGAAGUCCAUGAACUGCUCUCCACCUUGAAUGCCACAAAUGGAAGACCGACUGAUCUAAGUCCAGUUUUAGCAGUUUCCGUGAGCAACGUCAUCUGCAAUAUCAUGAUGUCCGUUCGAUUUUCCAUCGACGACCCCAGAUUCCGUCGAUUUACUUGGUUAAUCGAAGAAGGGAUGCGCCUUUUUGGAGAAAUCAACACUGUCGACUACAUACCAACAUACCAGUACCUUCCCGGAAAAGCUUACGCCAGAAACAAAAUUGCCAAAAACCGCGAAGAGAUGUUCAAUUUCUACCAAGAAGUCAUUGAUGAGCACAGAAGGACCUUUGAUCCAAGUAACAUCAGGGAUUUAGUCGACACGUACAUCGCGGAAAUCCAAAAAGCCAAAGAAGAAGGACGUGAUGGAGAAUUGUUUGAAGGAAAAGAUCACGAUCAACAAAUUAUGCAGAUCAUAGGCGAUCUUUUCUCAGCCGGCAUGGAAACCAUCAAAACGACAUUGUUAUGGAUCAAUGUGUUCAUGUUAAGGCAUCCGGAUGCCAUGAAGAAAGUUCAGGAAGAAUUAGAUCAAGUUGUGGGACGUGAUCGUUUACCAAGGAUAGAAGAUUUGCCAUUCUUGCCAACUACAGAAAGUACAAUUUUAGAAGCUAUGAGAAGAUCAAGUAUUGUUCCUCUGGCUACGACGCAUUCACCCACACGAGAUGUCCAUCUCAACGGCUACCUGAUCCCCGCCGGUUCCCAAGUGGUGCCCCUGAUCAACAGUGUCCACAUGGACCCCACGUUAUGGGAUAAACCAGAAGAAUUCAAUCCAGGAAGGUUCAUAGACGCCGAAGGCAAAGUUCACAAACCAGAAUACUUCAUGCCUUUUGGAGUCGGAAGAAGGAUGUGCCUUGGAGACGUCCUGGCACGAAUGGAACUUUUCUUGUUCUUUGCAUCACUGAUGCACACCUUCAACGUCUCCUUACCAGAAGGAGCAACUGUUCCAAGUUUAAAAGGAAACGUUGGAAUCACAAUCAGUCCUGAUCAAUUCCAAGUUGUACUGACACCAAGGCCGUUGAAUGCACCCUUGGUUUCAUCUCAGGAAGUUUUUAGGAAUAUUGGAGCACACUAG